CGGCGGGGACGCGGGGGCCGGGGGCGCCGCCAUGCCCGCCCGCUGCGUGGCCGCCCACUGCGGCAACACCACCAAGUGCGGGAAGUCGCUGUUCCGCUUCCCCAAGGACCGGGCGGUGCGGCUGCUGUGGGACCGCUUCGUGCGGGGCCGCCGCGCCGACUGGUACGGGGGCAACGACCGCUCGGUCAUCUGCUCCGACCACUUCGCCCCCGCCUGCUUUGACGUGUCCUCGGUCCUCCAGAAGAACCUGCGCUUCUCCCAGCGCCUGAGGCUCGUAGCGGGCGCCGUGCCCACCCUGCACCGGGGGACCGCCCCAGCGCCCCGGGGCGACGGCGGCCGAGGGGGGGCGGGGCCCCCGGCGGACCCCGCGGCCCAGCCCGCCCCGCCCCCGAGCCCAGCCCGCUGCGCGCGGCCCGGGGCCCGGAGGAGGGCCGCGCCCGCACAGAUUACAUGUGAAAAUGAAGUUAAACAAACACAAGUCCCUGCUAAUAAUCUAUCUUAUAGUGUCACUUCAGUACCUACUCACUGUGAAGAAGGCCCAGUGCAUAAAAGUACACAGUUGUCUCUGAAAAGGCCCCCUCACCGGAAUUGUGUUUUUUCUCUUUCAGGUAUUCAGGCCAAAGUGAAAGUGUUUGGAACACAACUGUGUAAUGCCACUACUCAGACUGACGGAUUGCAGCCUAGGAGGAGCUCUCUCUUUGACAUCUACUCCAGUGACUCAGACCCAGAUGCAGAUUGGGAUGUCAAGAGUGAGCAGAGUGAUUUGUCCUACAUAGCAGUGCAAGUGAAAGAAGAGUCUUGCUAAAAAUGCAACAUCAAAUGACUUGAUGUGCUAUAGAUUUUCAAAUCUUCGCUCACAUAAUUAUUUCUUUGCCCUUGUAAAUCUUUCACUUUGGGAUACUUGAAUAUCAGCAAAAUGUGUUUAGCUCUAAGGCAAAAAUAUGCCCACCUGCCAAGAUCAUGAAGAUUAUCCUGCCCACAAACCUCCCCACCUCCCACUUUCACCUCGUUUCUUUUUUCUUUUUAUCCGUUUGGUGGAUAUCGAGUUAUAAAACAAAACCACGGUAGCAGCAUUUCCAGAUCAAGAUUAAGCACUGAAUAUUUAAGCUUAAUGCAGAAGCAGCAUUCAUAUGGGACUUAUUUGACAUUCACAAGUUAGAAUGUCACUAUCCUAAAUAAUUUGAAGAUAAUAGUAAUCACAGCCAAGUCUGAUACUAUUAAAUGAUUUGGGAGCCAGGAGACUCAUCCUUGAUUAUUACUUUUUUAUGUUGUAUAUUUAUUAGUUUGUCCAUUUGUAAUACUGUUGGAUCUGUGAAUCGGUCCUUGUGAGCAUUUCUGGUGAAGUUAUGGCUCUUACAGAAAAUUUUCAAAGGGAAUUAAUUUAAAUAGAGAUAGAGUUUCAUAUACUUGGAUUGCAUUAUUAAUGAAAUCUAUUUGCAUUGGUUCCUAUUACAACAAACCAAUUAGCUUGAUUAAUUUAGAUUGAAAUUCUUGACAUGGAAAAAGAAAGUAUUAUAUUUCUAACAUAUUCCUUUUCAAGAAUUAAGUUUUCCUCUAUUAAUACCUUUCUGUUGAAUUCUACAUUUGGGAAAUAAGCAUGUGAAACAGCUGUCCCACCUGCCAUUCACCAGGAAAAUUUCUAUGGCAACUCUGUACCAUGAAGUAAUUUGUUACAAUGGUUUCUGAGAAACUUAUUAUAACUCUGAUCUUCUAUUGAGAAUAAAAAUAAAUGUCCAUUUUGUACCUCA